UAUCCAUUACCUACUCUUUUUUUUGGAAAUAAGGUGUUAUCAAAAGUCGUAUUGACAGUAAUUUAACUGUGUGCUGAGGUAUACUUCCAAAAUCACGGAUCUUAAGUGUCUGAAUGCCAGUGACCUUACUGCAAAGAUUAUUUGUGCUCUUAUAGCAACAGAAAGUUAGAGCCCGUUGUUUUCAUAAAUGGAAAAGACUCAGGCUGUCUUUUCUAAUAUCAUUAAGUGCGUAACGUCAUCAGUUAGUUAAAGUGACCAUUAUGGAAUACGUCGUGGUGACGGAGUUGUCUGUUUGGUAGUGGUGUGAUUGCUGUGUUGUGUGUGGUGAGUGGUGUGUGGGAUGUCGCGGCGCGAUGUGGUGCCCCGCGCUGAACGCGAGGUUCUUGCGCCGCCGCCUAGCAAAUGCGCUAAGGUGCUGUACUACACAUGGCGGCUGUGCUCCGUGGUGUUCUCUCAUUUCGUGAUGAUCAGUCUCGUGGUGGCCUACUGCAUAUUGGGGGCUGUUACAUUUGAGAAGCUGGAAGCAGCACACGAAAGGGAGGUGAAGAUGAACAUCUCUCGUCUCCGUCGUAACACCACGGACAGCAUCUGGGGAAUGACGAAGAACGCCACCUACUUCAACGAGACCAACUGGACGGCUGAUGUUGUCGACAUGCUCAAGGACUUUGAAAACGCGUUGCUUUUGGAGAUGAAAGUCAGAGGCUGGGACGGCAGCGAGAGCACCACCCACAUCCAGUGGACCUUCACGGGCGCGCUGUUCUACUCCAUCAUCGUCAUCACCACCAUCGGAUACGGACACAUCGCACCGAAGACCCAAACUGGGAAGGUGGUCACCAUCUUCUAUGCGAUCCUCGGUAUACCGCUGAUGCUGCUAUGCCUGUCCAACAUCGGAGACGUGAUGGCUUCCUCCUUCAGGUUUUUGUAUUGGCGUGUAUGUUGCUACAUGUGCACACGUCCUCCGAAGCGCCGCCGCCGGCACCAUCCCUCAAUCAGGAGAUCCGUCCGCGGCAGUCGGCACGGUUCCACGCGGCGCAAGCGGCCCGAACGGCCCGAGCGCGCCCAUUCUGACACCGAGUACAGGUAUCGCGACAGCGGUUACAGCAGCGGUCGCGGCCGGCGUGGUCGGCUGGUUCAUGGACCUAGCCUGCGAACUGCCUCGCAACCACCACUUACGCGCACUAACGAACCGAGAGGCUACGAGAGAGAUGUAUCCCCGGUGCGGUAUGAUCGUUACGGACGAGACCAUUAUGAGGAAGAUGAAGAGUUCCCAAAGAUAUCGCUGCCACUAAAAGACUUGGAAUCAGCUUUACAAGACCUGAACGAACACCAAAUGAAGGCAUCCAAAGCCGACAUUCGCAGCAAGUCCCUUCCACGCCCUUCCAAGUCCAAGCCCGACUUCGGACCUCGAGACUUCGAUAGGGAAUAUGAACCUGGACCUAAAGAUCGAAGAGACUUUGAUCCCGGACAAAGGGACCGUAGAGAUUUUGAUCCUGGUCCAUCUAAGGACCGCUUUGAAAUGCAUGAUCUAUAUGAUGUAGAUUAUGAGAACUACAAAGAGAGGAAGGCGCAGCAGGAAAGGGAGUGGAGAAGGAACGACUAUAGGGAAAGGGAUUACGAUCCUGAGGAUGAUGACUAUGAGUUUGAUAGUCCGAAGGGAAGGAGAACUUGGGAUCGUCGGGCAGACCGUUGGGACUCCGAACGCGACCGCGACGACUACGGCCACGAGCGGCGGCCUAACCGGCGAGCACGCAGCGCGCUAUACGAGGGCGAGAGGAGAUGGGACGAGUUGGACGAUAGGAGGCGCUGGGACGACAGGGACGGAGAGAGGCAGUGGGAGGAUGUCGAGGGAGGACAGAGGAGGUUGCGACUGCGACGGCUCUAUACUACAGAUGAGAGCGCCAGGCCGCCGCAUGCUGUGACGCCCUCGCCCGAACGGGAUUACUGGAGUGAUGACGCAGCUGUGGUGCCCGUUCCUCGCAGAGGCAGAUCCGCUGCUGCUGCCUGGGGUUCCAGACACGCUGAAAUUUACGAAGAAGAUCCCGAACCCAUUAAACAAGAGAUAAAGCCGGUGCCAAUCUGGCUGUGCGUGUUCCUCGUGGCCUCCUACAUCGUGGCGGGCACCUUCCUCUUCCAACAAUGGGAGGAUUGGAACUAUUUGGAUUCAGCGUAUUUCUGCUUCAUCACUCUUACUACCAUCGGCUUCGGCGACUUCGUUCCGGGCAUGAAGUUACAGGGCCGAACCGACUCAACAGUGGCAGCCGUGCACUCCAUCGCGCUCUGCUCGCUGUACCUCCUCUUCGGCAUCGCUCUGCUGGCCAUGUCCUUCAACCUGGUGCAAGAGCAGGUCCGCGCCAACGUCGCUGCACUCGCCACCCGGCUCGGCAUCAUCAAACCCAGGGACCCUGACUACUGACCAGAGAUUUGAUAACCUGGUACAGCACCCAUCUGCUGGCCAUGUCCUUAACCUGGUGCAAGAGCAGGUCGGCGCCAACUUCGCUGCACUCGCCAGAGAUCCUUACUGACCAGUGAUUAUUGACCAGUUACAAUGUUCUCUAAUGCAAGAGUACAUGCAUGCCUAUGUUGCUGAUAUCAUCAAACAGCAUCAAAUUCAUGAAUCCUGACUACUGACACAGGGCGGGGCAAUGAAUUGAUAGUAUUUUGGCAUUGCAACCAUGGCAACGUAAUUCUAGAUAAAGUUGUUAUUUGCUUACUGAUAUUUACAAGGAUAGCACAACAGGUGCAGCAACACUGGCAUAUUGAAAUUUCAGUAAAUACAACCAAAUAUCGUAGGCUAUAAGUAGGUACAAUUAAGGAUCAAAACAAUUAAGAAUCAGUUACUUAUCAAUUUACUCAAAACUAGAUAAUAAUUUACUAACAAAAUAAAAUAAAAUAAUAGUAAUAAUUAAAAUGAGUUUAUUUCCAACUGCCAUCUAUGUUUAAAAUGUUUAUUUGGGCACAAACGGUACAUGUUUCUUAUAACUAGUGUCUUAUACAUAAUUCAUAAACCAGGACAGUUGCCACCACUUAAUAGCUCAUUAAAGAAAAACAAAAUACGGGAUAACUAAACUUAAAGAUUAACAACGAGGGUCGAAUUAGGACAGGGGCUAAAUUAAUGAAGAUGAAACUAUUUUUAUACAUUACAUUUGCAAUUAAGUGUAAAGUUACAGUGCAUUUAAUUCGUUUGUUUAUUUAAAACCAAAAGUACUUGACGUUUAAAUUUAGACAAGGAGUCAUUAAAUACAUAAAUUUUUGAGAAAAUAUCAUUAUUAAAUCUGCAAGCUCUUAUCAGAAAGGAGUUUGAUUUGUAUUUCUUUUUAGUAAAGGGAAUACAAAAUAAUUUAUCGCUACGCCGUGUGUUCAAGCGGGGAGUUUUAAAGCUAAGUCUACUUAACAAAUAAGGGGAGUCAAUUAAAUUUCUUAAUACUUUAUACAAAAAUAUUUGAUCUUUUAAUGUGCGCCGGCUUUCAAGAGACACCAGUUUAUUCAGGUUAAGCGGUUGAGUUGACACAAGGUUUUUAUAUUUUAAAUGUUU